AUGUCGACGAACGUCCAAGGUUCGGACAUCGUCUAUAACACGUUCCUCAAUUUUCUCAACGAGUUGUUUCCGGUGGUAAAUCCUGAAACCAACGAGUUAGAAUCGAGGAAAAUUUACGUCGAACAGCUGUACGAGAUGCACGAAACGUCGAGCACGACCAUGCACGUGAACUUUCACCAUUUGAAAAAUUUCGACCCGGACGUGGCGACUGAGGCGGUGGAGGCGAAUUUUUAUACAUACGAACCAUUUUUAAGGCAAGCGGUGAAAGAUUUUUGUCGAGAACACGUUCCGGAGAUGGUUCGAUGGGGCGCCUCCGCGAGCAACAAUCAAGGCGCGCAGGAGAAGGAUUUUUGGGUGUCGUUUUCGAAUUUACCGGGGACGAAACGGUUGAGAGACUUGAAAGCGGAACACGUCGGGCAGUUGGCGUCGUUUAGUGGGGUGGUGACGAGGACGAGCGAGGUGAGGCCGGAGUUGAUUAUCGGAAAAUUUAUGUGCGGCGAGUGCGGCGAGGUGAUUCCAAACGUCGAGCAGCAGUGUCGGUACACGGAACCGACUAUUUGUCUGAAACAGACGUGCUCAAAUAGGAAGAAGUUCGUGUUGAUGAAAGAAGGGUGUACUUUCAUCGAUUGGCAGAGGGUGAGAGUGCAAGAGAACGCGGACGAGGUGCCGGCUGGGAGUUUGCCGAGAUCUAUGGAUGUGAUUUUGAGACACGAAACCGUGGAGAUGGCCAGGGCUGGGGAUAAAGCGGUGUUUACCGGAACGCUGACGGUAGUACCUGAGACCGCGCCGGCGAAUAUGGCCGGGGAUAGGACAGAGCUGGGGAGUUCCGGGAAAGGGAGCGCAGCUGGGACGAUGUCGACUGGCGUCGGCGGCUUGAGAGAUUUCGGGGUGAGGGAGUUGUUUUAUCGAACGUGCUUCGUGGCACAUUCUGUCGUUAACGUAGCUGGGCCAACGGCUGGUGGGAACGAAAACGUGUCCGCGAAUACCGGAGUGAACAUCCGAGGUGGAGACGACGAGAAGGAGGUUGUGAACUCGUUCACGCAAGAACAGUUGAACGAUAUCGAACGCAUGUCGAAAGACCCGAAAAUUUACGAAAAGUUUGUUCGCUCGAUCGCGCCAACCGUCCACGGGCACUUGGACAUUAAAAGAGCCAUUGCUUUGAUGUUAUUUGGCGGAGUGCACAAAAUGACAAAACAAGGUGGGACGAAUCUAAGAGGUGACAUCAAUGUUUUAGUCGUCGGCGAUCCGUCGUGCGCGAAAUCGCAAUUUUUGAAAUACGUCACCGCAUUUCUCCCUCGCGCGGUGUAUACGUCUGGUAAAUCGUCCUCGGCAGCGGGUUUAACCGCAACAGUCGGGAAGGAUAUGGAAACUGGGGAAUAUUGCAUCGAGGCUGGAGCGUUGAUGUUGGCGGAUAAUGGGAUUUGUUGCAUCGACGAGUUUGAUAAGAUGGAAGUGAAAGAUCAAGUAGCCAUUCACGAAGCCAUGGAACAACAAACGAUUUCCAUUUCUAAAGCCGGUAUCAACGCCACGUUGAACGCGCGAACAUCUAUUUUAGCCGCCGCGAACCCGUUGGGUGGUAGAUACGAUAAAUCGAAAAAGUUGAAACACAACUUGGCGUUGCCGGCGCCAAUUUUGUCUCGAUUCGAUUUAGUCCACGUGAUGAUUGACGAACCGGACGAUUACAGAGACCACAUGCUCGCGAGACACAUCGUCUCGUUGCACAGGAUGAAAGAAAAAGCCAUCGAAGUAGAUUUCACGCUAGAGCAAUUGCAAAGGUACAUCCGUUACUCGCGAUGUAUUAAACCGCAAAUGACACCAGAGGCACAGAGAGAAAUCGUAGACGCGUAUGUGAAGCUGAGAAGAGGCGACGCGCAGCCCGGGUCGACAACAAGUUAUAGAAUUACCGUGAGACAGUUGGAAGCGCUCGUGCGUUUAUCCGAAGCGCUAGCGAGACUGUAUUGUCGCGCAAAGAUUUUACCCAAGCAUGUGCGCGAGGCGAGACGUUUGCUUUCGGAAUCAAUCAUCGCGGUUGAAGCCAGGGAUGUUACGUUAGAGGAAGACGACGACGAGAUUGACGAAGAUGCAGAUAAAGGACCGAUAUUGCCGAGUACGAUGAGAGCGUCGAUCGCCAAGGAAGAGCGAAAGAUGGAGAACGAACGCGAGGAAGUCAGAAGACGCAGCGACGCUGGACUACCCGCAAAAACGAAUAGGGAACGUGAGGAUAGGGAAGAGAGAGAAGAGUUAGCGUGGGAACGACGCACCGAUGAUACUGAUGCUGGGGUUAGUGGUGGUUGUGUUGGUGAAGAUGAUGACGGCAUGGUGCGCGAUAAUAAUGCCGCUCCAUCUUCGCAACAGCCCGCCGGCGUGGUUGCAAGCACGCAAAUCAUCGCGCAAGAAAACAUUCCUCCAACCGCCGGAAAGAAACCAAAAAAGAAAAUAACCAUCAGCAGCGAAAAGUACCAAAGCGUGAAGAAGAUGAUCGUCAAUCACAUCCACGCGAAAGAGCACGAUAAUCCAGAACAAGAUACAUUGGGCGUAAAACAAAGAGACAUUGUCGAGUGGUACAUGGAGGAGUUCGCAAACAACGAAGCCGACGCCACGGAAACGGAGGAUCUCACGAAAGAGCUCAAGCUGCUCAAGAUGAUCAUCAACAAAAUGAUAAACGAGAAUACGUUAAUCGUUAUUCAAGAAGCCCCCGAGCCAGCAGACGAAGGGGACGUGCCCAUGCUACCAGACGCCGGCGAGGGAGACGUUGACGCCGAAGAAACCGCGCUGGCACUCACCGAGGAACAAAAGAAGAAGCCAAAGAAAAAGAAGCCGGAUUUGAUGGAGCGAAUUUUGGGUCUCCAUCCAAACUACGCGCACGAGUAG